GGACAUACAGCGAGCUAAUCGUUGGUAUCGAAAGGGAAGAAAUAUAAAAAAGAUAAAUACAGAUGCAUCACACGAAGGCUUAGACUACGACGAAUUAAAGAAAGUAAUAAAUGACGAAAAGUUUAAACUAUCGUGGAUUCCUUUUAAUGAAUUUAACAAGGUUUAUGAAAUUGGACAAGGAGGAUUUGCAACUGUAUAUUUUGCAGAAUGGAUUGAUAAAAAUGAAAAUCGCCGGAAACAAGUUGCACUAAAAUUAAUUCAUAAUUCAUAUAAAUAUAAUCAAGAAUUUGUUGACGAGUUAAAAAAUUAUAGUGAAAUUGGAUACGAAAAUCCAUCAUUUUUAAAAUGCUAUGGAGUAUCAAGGGAGCCAAAUUCAAAAGAUUAUAUUAUAGUUUUAGAAUAUGCAAAGGAGGGAUCAUUGCGUGAAAACCUUUCUAAAGUUGUGAAAAUGGAUUGGAAAAAAAAGUUAAAUCUUUUGUAUUGUGUGGCUUCGGAUCUUGAAUCCAUUCAUUCCCAGGAAUUAAUCCAUAGAGACUUACACUCUGGAAAUAUUUUGCAAGAUCUUUUGCACAAUGCAUACAUCAGUGACUUGGGUCUUUCAACGUCGUCUGAUAUUAAACAAGAUGGUAAAAUUCACGGUGUCAUGCCAUACGUAGCUCCCGAGGUUUUAAGGGGUCAACAAUUUACCCAAGCAGCUGACGUAUAUUCUUUCGGUGUUAUUAUGACUGAGAUAUCUUCUGGAAAAAGAGCAUUUGAUGGCAUUCCUUUUAAUAUUGAACUUGAUUCAAAAAUUUGUGAUGAAAAUGAACGAUCAGAACUUGGUGAAGGAAUUCCAGGAUGCUAUGUAAAUUUGGCCAAGAGAUGUAUGGAUUCAGAUCAAAUAAAUGACUAA